CUGGCGAGGUCCGCCGGCGCGCAGUGGAACAACCACCGCAACAUCUCGGAGCUGCUGGACAACCUGCUCAGCGGGUACGAUAACAGCGUUCGGCCAGACUUCGGCGGUCCCCCGGCUAUCGUGGAAGUAGACAUCAUGGUGCGCAGUAUGGGACCGAUAUCCGAAGUAGACAUGACGUAUUCGAUGGACUGCUACUUCCGGCAGUCGUGGGUGGACCGGCGGCUGGCGUUCACCGGGGGCUCCAAGGAGACGCUGGCGCUGAGCAUCUCGAUGCUGGCGCGCAUCUGGAAGCCGGACACGUACUUCUACAACGGCAAGCAGUCCUACCUGCACACCAUCACCACGCCCAACAAGUUCGUGCGGCUCUACCGGGACGGACGCGUCCUCUACUCCUCCAGGUUGACCAUCAAGGCCGGCUGCCCCAUGAACCUGGAGGACUUCCCCAUGGACACGCAGCGCUGCCCGCUCAAGUUCGGAAGCUUCGGCUACACGACGACGGACGUGGUGUACCGCUGGAACCGGCAGCGCACCGUGGCCAUCGCGGAGGACAUGAAGCUGUCGCAGUUCGACCUGAUCGCCACGCCGUCCGCCAACCAGACGGACGUCCUCAAGUCCGGCGAGUACUCGAUGCUGCUGGUGAGCUUCCACCUGCAGCGGCACAUGGGCAACUUCCUGAUCCAGGUGUACGGCCCCUGCGUGCUGCUGGUCGUCCUCUCGUGGGUCUCCUUCUGGCUCAACCGCGAGGCCACCGCCGACCGCGUCUCUCUCGGAAUAACGACGGUACUGACGAUGACCUUCCUGGGCCUCGAAGCAAGGACCGACCUUCCAAAGGUGCCCUAUCCCACCGCCCUUGACUUCUUCGUGUUCCUCUCAUUCGCUUUUAUUUUUGCAACCAUCAUACAGUUCGCCGUGGUGCACUACUUCACCAAGUACGGCUCCGGGGAGUGCUACUUCAGCUCAGACCUCAGCUCCGUCUCCAGCUCCGACGAGGAGGACGAGGACACGUGGUCGGCGCGGCGCAGGCGCACCAUCGAGCUGCCGCACACCAUAAAUGCAGAACUGUACUGCACCUCUAUUCUGGAGCCUUUCCUAGGCAAAAUGACUGAGGACGAGAUUGAGAAUGCCUGGUUCCAGCAGGAUGGGGCGACUGCACGCAACGCUCACAUGGAGAUGAACUUUUUCAAGGACAUCUUCGACAUUCGCCCGCCCAUAACGCGCGCCGCCCCCCAGGGGCGAGUCCGGGGCCGACGGCAGCGCUGCCCCUGGCGAGGCCUGCGGGGUUUUUCCAGCGCCGUCCUUCCUAAUGGCCACGCGGGACGCCGGGGGCGCAAGUUUUUGCGUCCCAACUCCGCCCACACACUGCCUCCUCCAUUGGUCCCACCUCCACCGCAGCUGAAGGGGCCUUCUGACUUGAAUGGACGACAGCAGCAGUGCGGCUGUAAGGCUCGCCUGCUGCCUCUCCCAGAGUCAGUGGUGGGCGGUGAUCGCGGAGGCCUGGUUCCGCAGGGUGAGCCUGGCUCGGUGGCGCCGGGGGGCCGCAAGGCGAGCUCCGGCAGCGUGGGCGGCGUGGGCGGCCGGGGCGGCUCGUUCCUGAGGAGGCUGCAGGCGGCCGCCACGCCGCAGCCCUCCUCGUCGUCGUCCGCCGACUCGGCCAGGUUCGUCGAGGUCAUCCCGCUGUCCGAGCUGCGCGUGCUGCCCGCCUCGGCGAGACGCCGACCCAGCGCCUGGUCAGUACCGCCGCCCGCAGCUGCGCUCUCGCACGCUACCUACUACCUGUCCGUGUCGUGCCUGAGCCGCCCCCCGGAGGCGUCCCCGCAGCCCCCGCUGGCGGCCGGCGGCGCGGCGCGCGGCGACGACCACCAGCUGCAGCAGCCGCAGCUGCAGAUGCAGCACCAGCAGCUGCAGCUGCAGCAGCCGCACGCGUGCCGCUCGGCGCCCAGGAAGAAGCGGCGCACGCCGCGCUUCAACUCCGUCUCCAAGAUCGACCGCGCGUCGCGCAUCGUCUUCCCGCUGUGCUUCCUCGCCAUCAACAUGUUCUACUGGUACUCCUACCUGUGGCGCAGCCGCCGCCUCUACCAUGUGCGCGCCAGCGGCGACGCGGCCGCGUCGUAGCGCCGGUGGCAGGAGGAAGCCGCUGGCCGCCGCAGCGAGCUGUUCCAGGGAUGCACGGAAGCUCGCCGCCCGACACUAUCUCACCCUUUUCCUCAGAUAACUGAACAGUUUCUCAGCAGACACGUGCUGUCCAGAACUUUGCGAAUCGCAGAAGUGGUGCUGGGAGUGUACUGGACAGGCAAAACUUGGGAAGAACCUUCGCAACCAACUACGUAACUGUAAACUUAAAAACGUGUAAGCUGUUCGUGUCUGAAUGUAACCGAACGGUUUGAUACGCGCUUAUGAACCUCGGGCACUUGCGUCUAGUUUCGUUGCGGGGCAUAUUUGGCAACGGGCGAGCCUAGUAACUAACUAUAAUGGGCAGUCAAAUGGAAAUGACAUAUAUGAGAAAAAAAAGUAACUAAAGUUUUUAUUAUUUCAAGAGCAGUCGCCUUAUUUCAUUGUUAGACAAGAUGGUCAAUGCCCUUAUGGGAAAAUGCUUACGGCUGCCUACGGACCCAUGAUUGCACCCAUAAGUACACCUCUUCGUCCGAAGUAAAUCGACGGCCACGAUUCUUCAGGGAGCUUUCCUCAGGGCUCCAGAAACAUAUACAACGCAUGGGAAGAGAUCGGGACUGAAUAUAGUACGUGCAACUGCUUCCCAGCGAAACUUUUCUAAUCUUUGAGGUCUGUUCAAACAAUUCCGGAACUUUUCUACGCUUACCUUUUACUUAGUGUGCAUGGUCUCCUACGAAAUACUCUGCUCAACAGCUGAUACACCGCUUCCAACCCCUUUUCCACUUCCGUAAGUAGUCUUCGUACACCUCUAGCUGCAUCGUGCUAAGCGCCGUCUGUGAAUUAUCUUUUAUCUCGUCUGUCGCUGCAAAUCUUCGUUCUUUCAUCGGAUUUUUCAUCUUUUGAAAUAAAACAGAAGUCCGCAGUGGUCACAUAAUCUCUUAAGAAACAUUUCAUUCUCACUGUCGCGGUACAAAAGCACUUCACAGACUGCGAGGCGAAUGUGUUUUUCGGCUCAUGAGCCGCGGGACGAAUUUUUCGUCAAAACAAUGCAUUCCAAGAUGCUG